CUUCCAACCCCUCCACGAAAGUUGACAUGGGUGUGUCAUCACGGAACCUCGAUUUCCUUUUUCUUCUUUUUUGUUUUUCUCCCAACAAAAUACCGCAAGGCUCUUCAACAUGUUGGCCGACGAGCAUGCUCCGGUGCUUACGUUGAAGGAGCGCAUCGCCGCUCUCCAACUGGCUCAGGCCACUGACAGCCAAGCCCACAAUGAACGGCUUCCUGGUCCCAAGGCACUCAAGCCUGCUGCUCCGACACCAGUGAGACGGCAACUAAGCAUGCCAAUAGCACCAAACAGCUCAGCGCCGCCUGUAUGCAGAGUCCCAGGCGACUGUGACACAGAUGCGAAGAAAGUUGAACCGAAAAUAUCCCCUAGGAAGUGGGAGAGCCGAAGAGAAGAGCCGCCUCCACUGCCUGCAAGAAGAACGUCGCAACCGGCGGCAGUGCGGCCACCGGCCUUGCCACCGAGGCGACCAUCUGAAAUGAGCGUGAAUCGAAAACAAUCGAAUGAGUCUAUCUCCUCAGUGCAAUCAAAUCGCUCAUCCCUUUCUGCCGUGUCUUCAAGAACAAGUCUCAGCGCUGCCUCGGAGAGCAACAUAGGUACUGGCUCAAGAUUUCGCGUCAAGGCUCCAGAGUAUGACCCUGCAAAGCUUCCGGCUUUGCCAGAGCGUGGAACCCAGCGGCAGAGCGAGGAUAUGGAAAGAAGAGCGCCGCUCAGACCGUCGAUAUCUUCACCAGAUACUAUCCCUCGCCUCCAGGAGGGAGUGCCUCCAUCUUUACCAGUCCGGCGUCAAGAACCUCUAGCUCAUCGGACCAAUAACAUGGUAUUACCAAAACCGACCCGUUCUGCGCUCGAGUUUGGUUUCAAUAAUAAGGAAACCCCUCCUCCAGUACCUCUGAACCGUCCUCGGCAGUCUUUCAGAACAAAUGACUCAAACGCGGUACCACCACCGGAGCAGGGCGUAGUUGAGCUUGAUGCAAACACAUUUGACGACAUAAUUCUCCGAUCUGGGAAGCCGGCAUUUGUAGAUUUCUAUGCACCAUUCUGUAAAUACUGCAAAGAACUAGAUCCUGUCUAUGAAGAACUCGCCAUAACCUAUCAGCAUAAAAACAUUACAAUUGCAAAGAUAGACUCUUAUGGCCAAAAGAUAAUUGGUGAAAGAUACGAAGUUAAUGGCUGGCCGCAGCUCAAAUUCUUCGAUGGCACUGGUGGUCCUCCGGUGGACUUCCAAUGGAGCCGCAACAUCGAAUGGAUGUCCCGAUUUAUUGACGAGCAGAUGGCAGCGAGGCAUGCUGCAUAUGGCUCACCACCGCCCGUUCCCAUUGCCUCUAGGCCGACAUGCUAAGACAUGUGAUGGAAAAACGUCUAGUUAUAUAGAUAGUACUUCUAGUCUUAACGGCAAGUGGUCAUUACACCGGGACCAUGUUAAUAUGAAAACAAGAAGUUAGUUUUGAGA